UGCUUCGGAGCGCUCGGGUUUUUUAUCCCGGGUUAUAGCCAAUUUCUUUUGUUAAAACUUGAAACAAUCCACCAUAAAGCACAAUGAGGCGUUUAUCAGAAGAACAGACAAAGGUUUUGUUUGAGAAGUUAUCGAAAUACAUCGGUUCCAACGUUAAAAUGUUGAUCGAUCGUCCGGAUGGAACGUACUGUUUUCGGGAGGCGAAAUCCCGUGUCUACUACAUGUCAGAGAAAAUUCUUAAACUAUCUGCCACAAUCCCCGCUGAUAACCUGGUGUCCGUUGGAACGUGUUUCGGAAAGUUCACCAAGAGCAACAAAUUCAUCCUGCAUAUCACGGCCCUAGCAUACCUGACACCAUACGCACAGUAUAAAAUCUGGUUAAAGCCGUCCGCCGAGCAACAGUUCCUGUAUGGUAACCACGUCACGAAGGCCGGCCUGGGCCGUAUCACCGAAAACACACCCGUUUACCAGGGAGUUCUUGUCAUGUCGAUGAACGAUGUACCGCUGGGCUUCGGGGUUGCUGCUAAGUCUACGAACGACUGCAAGCUAGCUGAUCCGCUAAUAACUGUCUGCUUCCACCAGGCCGACAUUGGGGAGUAUGUACGAUCGGAAGACACGCUAAUAUGA